GUUAAUUUACUAUCAUUAGGUUUGUUUUCUGUCUCUGGUGGCGGGAGGUAUCUGUCGACAGACUCUAACAAAAUUGAUGAGCCCUUCAAUGUGGAAGAAGUUGAUUCUGUACAUGUGCCUCCAACUCCAACUGAGAAGCUGCUUGUCCGGGGUGGAAAUGGUUUUGUGGGAUCACAUAUAUGUAAAGAAGCUUUAGAUCGCGGCUUAUCGGUCUCUAGCCUUAGCAGCUAGAUCCAUGUUUUCCAGGUAUGAAGAACUAUCACUUGAAAUUUCCAAGCUGUCUUUUACUUAUUGACAUCACGAAGGAAAGCAAAGGAAGCAGCCAUUUCAAAGUUUGCAAGUGAUCAAAGAUUGAUGAAAAGAGGGAGUGUCAAUUAAGAAAGGUUCCGAUUGAGAAAAUUCGGGUCAAAAUCUCAAAUAAGGUAAGAUCCGAGAGUCUUAAUUCCGGGUCAAAUUUAAUAGAUUUUCGGGUCAAAAUUAAACAAAAUUUUGACCCGAUUAGGGACCCCUAAAACUGUUGCAAAAAUGUAUAGUAGAUGAACAUGUUUGUACAGAAAACAGAAGCAUAUAUUUAAAAUACUUCUAUUGAGACAAAGAAUGUGAAGUGAACCAACAAUCAAGAGAACAUUACAUAUGAAAAGUGUCACAUAUCUUCAGAACAAAGGAGGCGCACAACGAGAGUAACAUUGGCUGCAUCACGGGUGAGAAGAACGAUUAUCGGGAAACAACAAUGAAUUUAGAUAGAAUUUUGAGAGCUGAUUUAGAAUAUGUAUCAAACAAUGAAGAGAGACUGAAAAAUAUAAAGAGAAGCAUAAGACUUUCCACAUAGAUAUGGUAAAGGCAGAACAUUUUUACCACUAAAUCUUAAUAAAUCUAUCGAUUUUAAGUUAUUUUUAAAGUUGCUUUCUUUUCAAUAUACUGUAUGUGAAUGCGUAAAAAAGUAGAGAACUAAUCGUGUAAAGCCUGACACACAAGAUUACAACAUUUGUAUCAAUAUUAUUGUAUUACCUUACGUUACAUAUAACGUGUCAGUGUGUAACAGAACGUGACAGGAAAGAAAGUGGCGUAUGCAAGGAGAAGAGGAAAGAGAGACAGUAUGAGUGUGGAGGACGAAAACGAAGAACCGCUCAGCCCUAUGGCUCGUGUGUUCCAAUCGCCGGGCAACAACUGUUGCAUCAUCACCAUGAUCGGUUGCAAAACCAAGAUCAAUGCUGAUGUCAUUCUACGUGCCUUGAAGCUUAAUGUUUCCAAGCAUCCUCGUUUCUCUAGCAAAUUGUCUGAUGAUGGUGCAUGUUGGAUUAAGACUCAAGUCAAUGUAGAAAACCAUGUAUUUGUACCAGAUAUAGACCAGAACAAGAUCGGAGAAGAUGGAGAAGGUUAUGUUGAAGACUAUGUUUCACGUCUUACGAUGCUUCCUCUCGAUAAAUCAAGACCUUUGUGGGACAUGCACAUCCUCAACAUCAAAACGAUUGAUGCCGAAGCGGUUUGUGUAAUAAGAUCUCACCAUUCAUUGGGAGAUGGAACAUCUCUCAUGUCUCUUCUAAUAGCUUGUACUCAGAAAACAUCACACCGAGACAUAUUUCCUACUAGUCAUGUACUUAAACAGCGUAAAAGGGAGGAUAAAGAUAAAGUCCCAUGGUUCUUAAGAUGGGUACUUGCGGUUUUUUCGUUAGUGAGAUUGAUUUGCAAUACUUUCGUGGAUAGUUUGCUUCUCUUGGGGACAACUUUGUUCUUGAAGGAUACAAAGACGCCUCUGAAAGGUGAUGUGGGUGUAGAGAAUAAUCAGAAGAGAUUUUGUCACCGGAUUGUUUCGUUAGAUGACAUAAAACUUAUAAAGGAAGUUAUGAACAUGACUAUCAAUGAUGUUCUACUUGGAGUUACACAAGCCGCUCUCUCGCGCUAUCUUAGCAGUUUUCCUGGUAAAAUACGACUUACGGCAGGUGUUUUUGUAAACCUAAGGUCAGACACUGGAAUCCAGCCAUUGGCAGAGAUGAUGGCCACGAAUUCGAAAUGCAGAUGGGGGAACUACUUUAGCUUUAUUAAUUUCCCGAUCGCGAUCGGUUUAGAGACUGAUCCAUUGUUGUAUCUAUCAAAGGCAAAAUCAGCUAUGGAUCGAAAAAAACACUCACUUCAAGCUCCUUUGGCAUAUUCAACUACAGAAUUUAUCUUCAAUACAUUCAGUGCUAAGGUAGGUGCAAUAUUACCAAAACGACAUAUUUCGAACACGACCACAUUCAUUUCAAACAUGAUUGGUCCCAUGGAAGAAAUCAAUUUCCUUGGCCACCCCAUUGCUUACAUCGCUCCAAGUGUCUAUGGACAUGCUCAUGCGUUAACAAUACAUUUCCUAAGUUAUGCGGAAAAGAUGGUAAUUUCGAUAGGGAUCGAUCCUACGGUCAUACAAAAUCCUUACAAGGUUUGUGAUGAAAUGGAGGACUCUCUGGAAGCUAUGAAAGCCACUCUUUCAGAAAGAGGGUUAAUAUAAGGUGUUACUAGUAUCUAAUCCGCAAAACCAAGCAAGUACUCUACCAUGCGAAAUAUAUAUGACACUGAAUUCAACCUUGUUUGGUGCGUGGAAGCUACUACCAUUUAGAAGCUUUUUUUUUUUUCAUUUACACAACUAGAUUUUGUAUUUAGAUACAACUUUGUUCAUUUAUGUGUUUGAUUUUGUAUCCAGAUGCACCAAGACCUAGUAACAAAAUGACUAAAGAGAUAGUCAUUUA